AUCGCCUCCAACAUGGGUCUCGAGCUCUACCUGGACCUGCUGUCCGAACCCUGUCGCGCUGUCUACAUCUUCGCCAAGAAGAACGACAUCCCCUUCGAGCUGCGCCCCGUGGACCUGCUCAAAGGCCAGCACCUCAGCGAUGCCUUUGCCCAGGUGAAUCCCAUGAAGAAGGUGCCUGCUCUGAAGGAUGGGGACUUCACCUUAUCUGAGAGUGUGGCUAUCCUGCUAUACCUGACUCGCAAGUAUAAGGUCCCUGACCACUGGUACCCCCAGGACCUGCAGGCCCGAGCCAGGGUGGAUGAGUACCUGGCAUGGCAGCAUGUGAACCUUCGAAGAAACUGCAUUCGGGCCCUGUGGCAUAAGGUGAUGUUUCCUGUUUUCCUGGGUGAGAUAGUAUCUCCUGAGAUUCUGAAAACUACACUGGCAGAGUUGGACGUGUCCCUGCAGCUUCUUGAGGACAAUUUCCUGAAGAACCAGGCCUUUCUUGCAGGGCCUCACAUCUCCUUGGCUGACCUGGUAGCUGUCACAGAGCUGAUGCAUGCUGUGGGUGCUGGCUGCCCAGUCUUUGAAAGACGACCCAAGUUGGCUGCAUGGUACCAGCGAGUGGAGGAGGCAGUGGGAAAAGUCCUCUUCAGGGAAGCCCAUGAAAUCAUUCUGAAGGCCAAGGAAUUUCCACCUGUAGACCCUACCAUAAAGCAGAAACUAAUGCCUAGGGUGCAGUACUUGCUCCACUGAGCCAGGAAGGCUCUUUCCUUCCCACACUGCCUUCCCUAUGUAGUUGAAGAAGUGCUCUAUUUUCCAGUUUCUCAUGGGAAGCAGACCCUGAGUAAAGAAGUAGCUUGUCAUACUCCUGAUGCACUUCUGCUGUCCAGACAUCUGGACGUGUCUUAGUCCAGCUCAUCUUCCAUAGCUGCCUGAGAUAUAAUGCAUAUAACACUUGAAUUUGUCUCCUUCAGUUGCCACAUUUGUUUUUUCCAGUUGAAGCAAUAAAACCUGGCUCAGCUUUAGCCUCUGCUCCCAA